AUGGCUGAGAGCACCAAGGUCGGAAUCACGGGUAAAUACGGGAACUGUUAUGGUGCUUCUUUCAGGAAAAUGGUGAAGAAAAUUGAAAUCAGUCAGCACACCAAGUACACUUGCUCCUUCUGUGGCAAAACCAAGAUGAAGAGACGAGCUGUGGGCAUCUGGCACUGUGGUUCCUGCAUGAAAAUGGUAGCUGGUGGUGCCUGGACCUACAACACCACUUCUGCUGUCAUGGUAAAUUCUGCCAUCAGACAACUGAAGGAAUUGAAGGACCAGUAG